UGUAGGCCCGAGUGGUUGCUGCCGAAAUGGGCAAGUUUAUGAAACCUGGGAAGGUGGUGCUUGUCCUGGCUGGACGCUACUCUGGACGCAAAGCCGUCAUCGUGAAGAACAUUGAUGAUAGCACCUCAGAUUGCCCCUACAGCCAUGCUCUGGUGUCUGGAAUUGACCACUACCCCCACAAAGUGACAGCUGCCAUGGGCAAGAAGAUCACCAAGCGGUCAAAGAUCAAGUCUUUUGCGAAAGUUUGUAACUACAAUCACCUAAUGCCCAAGGCCCGACGAGAGGCCAAGGUCAAGUUUGAAAAGAGAUAA